AUGGCACCAGGAAACCAGACAACAGUCUUGGAAUUCCAUCUCAUGGGACUUUCAGAGGCUCCAGACUUGCAGCCCAUCCUUUUUGGACUGUUCCUGUCCAUGUAUCUGGUCACCGUCUUUGGGAACCUGCUCAUCAUCCUGGCCAUCAUCUCAGACUCUCAUCUGCACACACCCAUGUACUUCUUUCUGUGUAACUUGUCCCUCGUGGACAUCUUUUUCUCCUCCACUACCGUCCCCAAGAUGCUGGUGAACAUCCAGACCCAGAGUAGAGCCAUCCCUUUUGCAGGCUGCCUUGCCCAAAUGUAUGCCUUCCAUCUCUUCGGGACUAUAGACAGCUUCCUCCUGGCAGUGAUGGCCACUGACCGGCUGGUGGCCAUUGCCUACCCACUGCGCUAUUCAGUACUCAUGAACCCACGUGUCUGUGGGCUACUGGUGGGUGGGUCAUGGGUUAUUACUAAUCUCCAGUCCCUGGUACACACUUGUCUCAUGGCCCAACUGACCUUCUGUGCAGGGUCAGAAAUCCCUCACUUCUUCUGUGACCUCAUGCCCCUCCUGAAACUCUCCUGCUCAGACACACACACCAAUGAGCUGGUGAUCUUUGCUUUCGGCAUCGUCAUGGGCCUUAGCCCACUGUUCUGCAUCCUAGUCUCCUACAUCUGCAUUUUCAGGGCAGUCUUCCGAAUCCCUUCUGCUCAGGGCAAGUGGAAAGCCUUCUCCACUUGCGGCUCACACCUCACUGUGGUGUCACUGUUCUACGGGACCAUCUUUACCAUGUACUUACAGCCAGCGUCCCCCACCUCAUCCCAGAAAGACAAGACAGCCGCGUUAAUGUGUGGGGUGGUCAUCCCCACGCUGAACCCCUUCAUCUACAGCCUAAGGAACAAAGACAUGAAGGCAGCCCUGAGGAAGCUUGGUAGCAAAGCAGUCUCACGCCAGUCCUAG